GGAGGCACCAUGUGGCGAUGUCCACUGGGGCUGCUGCUAUUGUUGUUGCUGCCGGCCAGUGAGGUGGUCCUGGGCACCCAGAGGGGCCGUGGGCGCCGGGAACUAGCACCGGGUCUGCACCUGCGGGGCAUCCGGGAUGCGGGUGGCCGGUACUGCCAGGAGCAGGACCUGUGCUGCCGCGGCCGCUCCGACGACUGCGCCCUGCCCUACCUGGGUGCUACCUGUUACUGUGACCUCUUCUGCAACCGCACCGUCUCCGACUGCUGCCCUGACUUCUGGGACUUCUGCCUCGGCGUGCCACCCCCUUUUCCCCCCAUCCAAGGAUGUAUGCAUGGGGGUCGUGUCUAUCCAAUCUUGGGAACCUACUGGGACAACUGUAACCGUUGCACUUGCCAGGACAAAGGACAGUGGGAGUGUGACCAGGAGCCAUGCCUGGUGGACCAAGACAUGAUCAAUGCCAUCAACCAGGGCAACUACGGGUGGCAGGCUGGGAACCACAGUGCCUUCUGGGGCAUGACCCUGGAUGAGGGCAUUCGCUACCGCCUGGGCACCAUCCGCCCAUCUUCCUCUGUCAUGAACAUGAACGAGAUUCACACAGUGCUGGGCCCAGGGGAGGUGCUGCCCGUGGCCUUUGAGGCUUCUGAGAAGUGGCCCAACCUGAUCCAUGAGCCACUUGACCAGGGGAACUGUGCAGGCUCCUGGGCCUUCUCCACGGCAGCUGUGGCAUCUGAUCGCGUCUCAAUCCAUUCUCUGGGGCACAUGACACCCAUCCUGUCGCCCCAGAACCUGCUGUCUUGUGACACCCACAACCAGCAGGGCUGCCGCGGCGGGCAUCUCGACGGUGCCUGGUGGUUCUUGCGACGUAGAGGGGUUGUAUCUGACCACUGCUACCCAUUCUCAGGCCAUGAGCGGGACAAGGCGGGCCCUGCACCACGCUGCAUGAUGCACAGCCGGGCCAUGGGUCGGGGCAAACGCCAGGCCACUUCCCACUGCCCCAACAGCCAUGUCCAUGGCAAUGACAUCUACCAGGUCACUCCUGCCUACCGCCUAGGCACCAAUGAGAAGGAGGUCAUGAAGGAGCUGAUGGACAAUGGCCCCGUCCAAGCGCUCAUGGAGGUGCACGAGGACUUCUUCCUGUACCAGAACGGCAUCUACAGCCACACACCAGUGAGCCAUGGGCGGCCAGAGCAGUACCGCAGGCACGGGACCCACUCAGUCAAGAUCACAGGGUGGGGAGAGGAGACGCUGCCUGAUGGAAGGACGCUCAAAUAUUGGACGGCGGCAAACUCGUGGGGCCCAGCCUGGGGCGAGAGGGGCCACUUCCGCAUCGUGCGCGGAGCCAACGAGUGCGACAUCGAGAGCUUUGUGUUGGGCGUCUGGGGCCGCGUGGGCAUGGAGGACAUGGGCCAUCACUGAGGCUGCGGUCACCACGCCGGGCCCGGCCUGGGGUCCCAGCCGAGGGGCAGCCGGUGGAAGAGCUUCCCGUGGGGCCGCGGCCCCCACCCGGCGCUACCGAGCUGCCGGCGCUGGCGGGCGCCACCGGCCUAAUCCUGGCGCGCAGGUUCCGCUGACGCAGCGCCCGGCCUGGGAGCCGCGGGCAGACGAGGCUGGCGGAGCCCCCAGACCUCCCAGCGGGGACGGAACAGGGCCUGGCCUGGGGACGACGGGGAUCCCAGUCCCAGGCGCCCCCACCCAAGACCGCUUGAGCCAGGACACCCCGGAGUUUCCAGCCCCCUUCCCCUACCCACCCCAUUACACUUAUUCUCCAAAGAUAUUUAUUUUUCUUUU